AAACGACACCGAGAUGUUCAUGAUCAUUCAGAAGGAUUCUUCCGCCGGAGGAGGCGUUACAGAAGGGAUGAGCACGCCGCAGGAGAAAACUGCAAAACAGGUAAAAGCAGCGAUCAGUAAGAAGGUUCAGAAACAGCAGAUUAAGCAGAGGAGGCGGUCCAGUGAGCAGAGUGGAGUCUCUGAGGUCUCAGCGACUGGAGUCAAGCCCCCCCAUGGUAUGAGGUACAGACAGAACUCCACCCCCUUCCCCGUGACAGCGAGAGACAAAGAGAGGGGUACAGGGGACGAAGAGGAGGAUCAGGAUGUGGAGGACAAGGUGGCAGAUAUGAUGAGGUCGGGUGGUCAGAAGCAGCAAGAGAAGGAGCCGAUAGACCUGCUGCCUAUAAUGGACCCAGCUUUCGGACCGGACAGGGACCUACGACCUGAGGAGAUUGAAGAGCUCCGCGAGGCGUUUCUGGAGUUUGAUAAGAAGAAGAAUGGCUACAUCAGCUACAAGGACCUGGGAGAGUGCAUGAGGACCAUGGGCUACAUGCCCACAGAGAUGGAGCUCAUCGAGCUGGGCCAGUCCAUCUGUGGGGGCAAACUAGACUUUGAGGACUUUGUGGAGCUGAUGGGCCCAAAGAUGCUGGCAGAGACAGCAGAUAUGAUCGGAGUGAAAGAAYUGAGAGACGCAUUCAAGGAGUUCGAUACUAACGGUGAUGGUCAGAUCAGUAUAAUGGAGCUUAGGGAGGCCAUGAAGAAACUGAUGGGAGAACAGCUGACAAACAGAGAGAUUGAUGAGAUCCUCCGGGACGUGGACCUCAACGGGGAUGGACGGGUCAACUUUGAAGAAUUUGUUCGAAUGAUGUCACGCUGAGAUAAACAGAUGGAGUCGUUGUGUAACAACUGGAAAMGGGACCACUACAUUUGUARUGAACAUUCUUGCACCAUGCUAAUGACUGAGCAUCGAUUUUAUAACGUUAUUUUUGUUAAGCAACACUUAUAACGUUCAUUUUGUUAAGCAGCACUUAGAAAGUUAUUUUUGUUAAGCAGCACUUAUAACGUUCAUUUUGUUAAGCAGCACUUACGUUAUUUUUGUUAAGCAGCACUUACAACGUAAUUUUUGUUAAGCAGCACUUACAACGUUAUUUUUGUUAAGCAGCACUUACAACGUUAUUUUUGUUAAGCAGCACUUACAGUAAAUUGAGUGAACUAAGGUAGUUCUACAAAUCUUAUAACUCAAGAUGUGACAAACGUGCGUAAAGGGAACAGGAUUCAGAUAUUACGUAAUUGUUUUAGCACUAUCCACUCGGUAGUGGUGCGUGGGUAAAAUCACCGGGGAAGCCAAGCCAGGGGGAAAAAAGCCAU